AUGGACAGGGAGGUGUCGGAGGCGCGCGGGCUGCGCUCGCUGCCGGCGCUGGUGGGCGCGGCGCGGCUGCGCACGCUGCGUGCGGAGCGCGCGCGGCUCAAGGCGCUGCCGCCCGACCUGUGCCGCCACGCGCCGCAGCUGCGCGCGCUGGACGUGCGGUCAAACUUGCUGGAGAGCGUGCCGGACCUACACGACUGCUCCGAGCUGCGAGUGUUGUCGCUGUCGGAUAACCUGGUGUCGGAGGUGGGUGGCGGUGCGCUGCGCGGACUGAGGCGGCUGCUGGACCUGCAGCUGGCGCGCAACCGCCUGCGCCGCCUGCCAGCCGACGCCUUCCAGCACACGCCGCGCCUGCAGUUGCUAGACCUCGAGGGCAACCAAAUAGAACACAUCGAUAUGGAGACCUUUGUUCCUAUCUCUAAGCUGGAGGACUUGAACGUGGGCAACAACCUGUUCCCGCGGCUGCCGGCCAGCGGGCUGCAGCGGCUGCUGCACCUCAAGGCGCACAACAACCCCAACCUGCGCCGCUUCCACCCACCCGAGCUCUUCCCAAGGAUACAGACGCUCGUGCUGUCGUACGCGUACCACUGCUGCGAAUUCAUGCCGCUGGCGGAGGGCGCGGCGGCGGGAGAGGUGGAAAGCGAGGAGAGCGAGGAGGGUGGUUUCAGCGACCUGGUGCUGCUUCCGCCGCGCCGUGUCGACCUGGCCGCCUGGGCCAAUGCCACCGACAUCUGGCCGCACUACCUAAACGCAACGGGCGAGGCAGCGAGCGGGGCGACGGGCGGAGUGUGGAGCGGUGAGCUGGCGGGCGAGCUACGCACCGCGCGACGUCCGCGAGUCCGCUGUCUGCCUUUGCCUGGGCCGUUCCUGCCGUGUGUGGACCUGUUCGACUGGUGGACCCUACGCUGCGGCGUGUGGGCGGUGUUCCUGCUGGCGCUGCUGGGCAACGGGACCGUCGUUUUUGUGCUGGUGUUCAGUCGCAGCCGCAUUGAUGUACCGCGCUUCCUUGUCACCAACCUCGCCGCCGCCGAUUUCUUCAUGGGUAUUUAUUUAGGAUUCUUGGCGGUAGUGGAUGCUGGCACGCUGGGAGAAUUUCGCGCGCACGCCAUCUCUUGGCAGAUGUCGGGAGGCUGCCGCCUCGCUGGUUUUCUCGGCGUGCUGUCGUCCGAACUGUCUGUGUACACGCUGGCUGUCAUAACGUUAGAGAGGAACUAUGCCAUCACACACGCCAUGCAUCUCAAUAAACGGCUCUCGUUGCGGCACGCGGCUAUAGUUAUGGCAGCCGGCUGGGCUUUCUCACUCACGGCGGCCGCGCUACCACUGUUCGGCAUCAGUGACUACCGAAAAUUCGCCAUAUGCUUGCCCUUCGAAACGAGCACUCCCGUCUCGCUCGGGUACGUGGUGUCUUUGCUCGCAAUUAACGGUGUGGCAUUUCUAGUGCUGCUCGGGUGCUAUCUUAAGAUGUACUGCGCCAUUCGCGGCUCCCAGGCUUGGAACUCAAACGAUUCAAGAAUAGCGAAGCGAAUGGCACUGCUUGUGUUCACGGACUUCCUGUGCUGGUCGCCCAUCGCUUUCUUCGCGCUCACCGCCGCUUUCGGUGCCCAACUUGUGUCGCUCGAGGAGGCGAAAGUGUUCACCGUGUUCGUGCUACCGCUUAACUCGUGCUGUAAUCCGUUCCUCUACGCGAUACUCACGAAGCAGUUCAAGAAAGACUGCGCACUGGUGUGCAAGGCUAUCGAGGAGUCGCGGGUGACGCGGGGAAUAGGGCGGUGCCGGCACUCGUCCAACUUCAGCAACAGGCAAACGCCGGCCAACACGAAUAGCUUAGCGGAGCGGUCGUCGCGCGGGCAGCACGGCGCGCAGUGUGCGUGUCGCCGGCUUCUGCCGGUCGUGACGCCGGUCGUAGUGCCCGAGGGGGGCCAGCGGGAGCGGGAGCGGGAGCAGAAGCGGGAGAGGAAGCGGGCGCGGGUGGCGGGCGGCGAACGGCUGCUGCGCUGGCUACGGGCGUGUGGGCGGCGCGCACCCCCUGCCCCGCCCGCUCCGCGCCCCGCCGCCGCGGCGCCCGCGCGCGCCGGCUCGGUGUCCUCGUCGGUGGAGUUCUCGUCGUCGCGCUCAGACUCGUGGCGCACGUACGGGCGCGCGCCACCACCGCCACGCCGUGCUGCCAGCUGGCUGGUGGCGCGCAAGACCUCGCAGGACUCGAAUCUGUCGUCGUCGCGCAACGAUUCGUCCGGAUCGAACGCGACCGCGUCUACGGGCACGUGGCGCACGACGCGCUCGGGUGGUAGCGCGGCGACCGCGGGGGCGGGGGCGGCGGCGCGGCCACGGCUGAUGCGGCAGCCGGCCGUGUCUGCGGACGAGCCGCCCUGCUCGCCGGUGGCGCUGCCCGCGCCGCGGCUGCUGCACACCAUUCCGUCGGCCGCGGAGACGGACGCCGCGCAGGAGGCGGCGGACGCGCGUGCCGCCGCCGUGUAG